CCCGUUUCGAUGCAGAUUUUGGCACCACGCAUGUCUAUGGUUCUAUGGCCUGCUGCGAGAGCUGUGGAUUAUUCGCAAGGCGUCGUAGAUUAUGUCUCACAUCGCAUGGCCGUUCAAGACUGUAGAGGAAUUUGCGGUGCUGCAGUAAAGGAGAAAAUAAAAUGGUACCAGCCUGCUGAUACGCGAUUGCCUGAGUUUAUUUCCUGUCAAGCUUGCUACGAAAAUGCAAUCGUCGGGACAAAUUUUGAGAAGCAUUUCCUUCCGCUCUGCGCUGUGCAACCGGAAAAAGAGAUAUGGUCGUGCGAUCUCUGCCAUCCAUUUAUGGUACGGGCUGUGCCCUUUUUUACGGAGCGUCAUGACUGGUGUGGCUUCAAGAAGGCGAUUUAUCGUCGCUCACGGCUUCAGAGCUGCAAAGGUCAACUCAUUGAGCUACAUGGAAACCGCUGGUUCAGCUGCAACGGGCUGGAAAAGUCAUUGCUGAUCUGCGAGGCGUGCUACUUAGACCGCGUAGUGCUUACAACUUUCGACGAGCACUUCAAGCACUUCAAGCACCUUAUGGAAGAUACGAAAAUUGUGUUUUAUGAGGCCGCAGAUAUUAUCGGCAGUACUAAAUCCUGUUGUCAAAGAGAGAGUUAUAACGGCCCUUGGUACACUGUCUACGGGGAAACAGGCUUCCACAUUUGUAAAACAUGCUACGUUGGAAUCAUCACUACAUGCGAGUUAGGUGCUUUCUUCCGCCCUGUCGUAGGCAACAACGGUUCGCGAAGAAUGUGUGACCUCAACCCAGCAGCGUCUCGGUUCUUAUACUACGUUGAGAGACUAGCUGAGGCGGUGGAUCUUGGCGAUUUUGAAAUAUCUCAUCAAUUUGUGCGAAGGCUCUCGGAGAAACCACAUUGUCCUAGCCGAAAAGCUUUGUUCAUUGCUACUUGGUGGUGCUUCAGUGGCUGCUCAUCUUGGUUCUCCUCGAAUGCAAUAGAAGUUCAUGGAAGCAUGUCAAGACAGAAGUCUAGAGAGGUUCCGAGCGUUCUCGGACUACAGGUUCGUGCGGGUUUAGCGAAGACGUAUGGUAGGUUGGGAGCUGUGUCCGCUGCACUAGAUGACCUCGUUCUUGCUGCUGGGUCGGGCGACGAAUUGCCCCAGUCCGACUUCGACUGGCAUAGAACGCAGUAUGGUGCUAAGAGUGAGCGCAUGAAUCAACUCAUGCAUGAAUAUAUGGCAGCAGCAAAUGCAGACGAAGAGUGGCAGUUAAUCAGGCAGUGGAAGGCCUGGUGGGAGGAAGUAGAAUAG